CGGUGGUAGGAAAGAGAAAAAACAAACAAAGAAAGCAAUUUCAUUUUCAACCAAACAGUAAAAUUAGUGGCAACCCAUUCCGUUAAUUUCUCUUUCCAUUCAAUUCAGAUGCUUUCAAAGGCUUCAACAAUUGCAAUGCCCACUUUUUAUUCCUCUAGGUUUCUCAUGGAACAACAACGCAAUUUGGAUGCUUCUUCUUUAAUUUAUAUACAAAAUUAAUAAAUCCCACUUUUUUUUUGGUUGCAUCUUGAAGAGUAAUUAUGAAGGUAAGAGCUGGGUUUAGUGUGUGGCCUAAUGUGAGGCAACUUUGCUUUAGAAAAGGAGUUUUGUAUGGAUUUAUGCGACUUUUUUCUACUCCAUAUAAAACACUGCGUGGAGGAGCUAGUCGUUCACUCAAAGUGGCUCGGUUUUGCAGUGUUGCGAAUAUGUCUUCCUCUUUGCAGAUUGAAUUGGUACCUUGUCUGAGUGACAAUUAUGCAUACAUUUUACACGAUGUUGAUACGGGCACAGUUGGAGUUGUUGAUCCUUCUGAAGCUUCGCCUGUCAUAGAUGCAUUGAGCAAGAAAAAUCGGAACUUGAAUUACAUACUCAACACUCACCAUCACCAUGAUCACACUGGUGGAAAUGUAGAACUAAAAGCAAGAUAUGGGGCAAUGGUGAUUGGUUCAGGAACUGACAAGGAAAGGAUUCCAGGCAUUGAUAUCCAUUUGAAGGAUGGUGAUAAGUGGAUGUUUGCUGGCCAUGAGGUGCAUGUAAUCGACACACCUGGUCACACUCGAGGUCACAUAAGCUUCUACUUUCCGGGAUCUGGAACAAUCUUUACAGGGGACACUUUGUUCAGCUUAUCAUGCGGCAAACUCUUUGAAGGAAGCCCUGAACAGAUGCAAUCUUCUCUUAGAAAGAUCACGUCUUUACCAGACGAUACAAGUAUAUACUGUGGACACGAGUACACAUUGAAUAAUACAAAGUUUGCAUUGGCGGUAGAACCUGAAAACAAGGCACUUCAAUCCUAUGCUGCCCAUGUGACAAACCUUCGAAGUAAAGGCUUGCCCACGAUUCCAACCACACUGAAGUUAGAAAAGGCUUGCAAUCCAUUUCUUCGUACAUCCAGUGCCCAAAUCCGGAAAUCGUUAAACAUUCCAGUCACAGCAGAUGAUGCAGAAGCCCUGGGGAUCAUCCGGCAAGCAAAGGAUGAUUUUUAGAAUUUUUUUUUUUCCUUUAAAGACUUAUUCUGUAUAGGGUAGGUUGAUGAACUAUGAAACAUUGACACAGACACGACACUGAUACACCAACACUAAUAAUAAUUUGAGAAAACAACAUAAUUGAAUGAAAUUACAUGUGUCGGUGUCGUGUUGGUGUCAGAUACUGUCACAUGUCGAACAUCAAACAUGCCUUCAAUUAGAGGUGUCAUUGCUCCAUAGUUAACGAAUCCGUUUGUGGAAUAAUUUAAUGCUUGAUGCUAUCUUCUCAAUCUGAUUUCUGAAUUUUGUUUUUAAUUCAUUUGGAAGCUAUUGGCAUGACGGGUUUAAAAAUAUGAUUCCCUCAUGUAUGUUUAUCA